UUGAAUUGCGCCUUUUAUUAAUUUUACAUAAUGCGUGUCUCGUGCAUCGUACUGCUUGCCUGUUCAUUGGCACUAGCUCAGGCCGGCACCUGGCGCCAAUCCCAGGACUAUAUUUCGAGUGAUGAAGUCAGACCCAGCUGGACUCAUAGGCAUUCCGAAAUGUGGCCCUGUGAUGUGGCUGAUUAUCCCGAAGCCUAUUUGCUCAUCCACAAAGUUGAGAAGCGUUUGCAACGCAUGAACGACGAGCAGUUGAAAAACAGAAUUGUGGACUAUGUCGUGGGCGAAUUGAGGGACUGCAAAACAGGAAAUGAGAUGGACGAGCACUGUGUAAAACGUUCCAUUGGCUAUGCCAUGUCAUUCAUUAAUCGUCACAAACACCAGCAGCUAUAAUAUUAAUAAACUAAACGAUUUAUAUAUCAA